CGGGCCGAGCCCAGGGUUCCUGCCCGUCGUAGCGGACGUGGGCGUGGGCGGCCGCGGCCCCUCUCUGAGGUGGCGUCAAGGUCGGGAGGCUCCAACCCUCUGCACUAUUCCCGCCCCCACUAGCGGGGCGCGGCGCCGAGCGGAGAGAGAGGCGGUGCCCGGCGCCCAGUUCCCGCCCGCCAGUUCCUCCGGGGGACGCGCAGCGUAGGAGGCCGCGGCCCGGGCAGGAGUCGAGGCUCCGGGCAGCUGCACAGGCGGGAAUGGCGGCCGGGCCGGGCUGAAAGGAGCGGAGCCGCGUCUCGAGGCCGCCAUGAGGCUGCUGCGGGCCCUGCUGAGAAGCGCCUCCCCGGCCGGCCUCCCGCAGCAGGUGGAUUUCUACGCCCGCUUCUCCCCGUCGCCCCUCUCCAUGAAGCAGUUUCUGGACUUCGGAUCUGAAAAUGCUUGUGAAAAGACUUCAUUCAUGUUUUUGAGACAAGAGUUGCCUGUAAGAUUGGCAAACAUAAUGAAAGAAAUAAGUCUGCUUCCAGACAACCUGCUAAAGACACCUUCAGUUCAGCUGGUGCAGAGCUGGUAUGUUCAGAGUCUUCAGGAAAUCCUUGACUUUAAGGACAAAAGUGCAGAAGAUUCAGAAGUUAUUCAUAGGUUUACAGAUACUGUGAUAACAAUCCGGAACCGACACAAUGAUGUAAUUCCUACAAUGGCUCAAGGUGUGAUUGAGUACAAGGAAAGCUUUGGUGUUGAUCCAGUGACCUGUCAGAAUGUGCAGUAUUUUUUAGAUCGUUUCUACAUGAGUCGCAUUUCAAUCAGAAUGCUCCUCAAUCAACACUCUUUGCUGUUUGGUGGAAAAAUUAAAGUUAAUCCAGCUCAUCCAAAACACAUUGGAAGCAUUAAUCCUAACUGCAAUAUUGUUGAAGUUAUUAAAGAUGGCUAUGAAAAUGCUAAGAGACUUUGUGAUUUGUAUUACCUGAGCUCUCCAGAACUUGUGCUUGAAGAGUUGAAUGCAAAAUCAUCAGGACAACCCAUGCAAGUAGUAUAUGUACCAUCCCAUCUGUAUCACAUGGUUUUUGAACUUUUUAAGAAUGCAAUGAGAGCCACAAUGGAACGCUAUACUGAUCGAAGCGUUUACCCUCCAAUUCAAGUACAUGUCACAUUAGGCAAUGAGGAUUUAACUGUGAAGAUAAGCGACCGUGGUGGCGGUGUUCCUAUGAGGAAAAUUGACGGACUGUUCAACUAUAUGUAUUCAACUGCACCACGUCCCCGUGUUGAGACAUCACGAGCCACACCUCUGGCUGGAUUUGGUUAUGGUUUGCCUAUAUCACGUCUGUACGCACAGUACUUCCAAGGAGAUCUGAAACUAUAUUCCUUAGAGGGUUAUGGUACAGAUGCAGUUAUCUACAUAAAGGCUUUAUCAACAGAAUCAAUCGAAAGGCUCCCUGUGUAUAACAAAUCAGUUUGGAAACAUUAUGUGGAAAACCAUGAAGCAGAUGACUGGUGUGUGCCAAGCAGUGAACCAAAGGACAUGACCACAUUCCGCAGUAUAUAAUUGUACAACAGUCCAGAAAAAAUAAUCCAGAACAAGCAGAAGCUAGGUGGAUUCAGGAACAACUUUCCAGAGCUCACAUCAGUUACUAAAUCCCCACUUUUGAAGGUACGCAUUUCUGGUUGAAUCUUUCCUAUAAUUUAGAAAUAUCUGCUGUAACUCUGCAGAACAGGCCAACUAAUUCCUACAAAAGGAGGUAGAGAAUUUUCAGAUUGCGAUGCAGCAGUCGACUGGUGUCCUGGGGGAGAAGCUGAGGAACAAGUGGAAGAUUUAUUGUUGGACAAAGACCUAGGUGAAACAGGCAAGGAAACUAUGCCUAUCUCGACCACAUCCGGACUAUUAGGACAACUCUGGCCUUGUCCUGUUAGAUUUUGUUCACAAUUCUGACAUUAAAGCUGCCAGGGGAAAUGCAUAAAAGAGCUUCUUCGUCCUAAGGAGAAGGAAGGCACCUAACACCUCCACCCCUUAACAGAACAGAUGACAUUUCCUGUUCAUAGCAGUGGUGAAGAGCUCCACCUCUGGGAAUCCCCAAUUCCCAUUUGCAGUCCUGGGGGGGUGGAAACCUGCUGGGAGCAUCGGCAUUCCCAUUUUGCCUGCCCAAGAGAUACAUUGCUGAAAUUCUUAGGUGUUUUUUUUUUUUUUUUAUGCACUAGUUUCAUAACCUUAUUGCUUUGGCACAGAGGGAAAGGGAUCUCACUCCUCCAUGCCGACUGAUCUAAAACAUGCAGGCCGCAUGGUCUGUCAUGAAUCUGUCUGAUGAGAGGCAAAAAACGGAGGCAGGCGUUUCUGACUGCUCUGAGCUCCAACAGGUUGAUGUGGAAGAUGGUUUAUUGAGGUGACCCUCCGCCCUGUACAUGAGAGCAUCAAAGUGUUAUCUCUAGCCUAACAGAGAUAAUCUGUUGCUAGAGUUACCCUUGGCAUAAGCUGAAGGAAGGGAACUUCCUUCCCUACACUGCAGUGAUCCUUCCACCAAUCUAGGGAGUGCUUCACCUGUUGGAAGAACCGACACCCUUUUGUCCAGGCUAUGUCCCUUUGGUGAGCCAACUGAUCUGAGCCAUCCUGGAAACAAUGAAAGAGUAAUCUCACAUAUUCUGUCACAAAGGUGCAAGCCACCACGUGACCUAGAAGUUGAAGACAGUUUCUGACUGAAGCCUGAGGGCUCCCUUGAAUCGUUCAGACAAGGCUUGACAGUGUCAUGAAUCUAUUCAUGAGAAGGAAGGACUUGGAUACCAAAGAAUCCAGGGAUGCCCUAUAAAUCGUAUGUUCUGUACAGGAGUCAGAUUUUCUCAAAUUCAACUGAAGGCCCAAGUCCAAGAUUAAAGAAAGUGCCCUCAGCAUAGCAGCCAACACCUCUUGGUACAACUGACCCCGAACAACCAAUCAUCAAGGUAUGCAAUACUACAACUGCCUGAUAACACAGACAGGUGGCCACUACCAACUGAACCUUUGAGAACACUCCCUUUGCUGAGGAGGAGUACCCAGUACUGAAAAUGGACCUGACCUAUGACAAAAAUGCAGGAAUUUUCUGUGGGAUGGAUGUUUCUCUGUGUGGAAGUAUGAAGGCUGAAAACCAAACCCCUGAAUUUAGAGACAGAAUUAUAGCAGUCAGAGUCACCAUCUUGAACUUUUGAGACUUCAUGAAUUUGUGUAAGGAGUCUUAAAUCCAAGAUCGCUGUCCAACCUCCAUUUUACUUUGACAAAAGCAAGUACAUUGAGUAGAAGCCCCUUCCCUUGUGCUGAUCAGGGUCUGACUAUCACCCCCAAGAUGAAAAAGGGAGUUUAUCUCCUGUGAGAGGGGUCCCUGAAGAGAGAUAGGGAAGGUGAAGGAGGAGGAGGAGGGAAGUAAAACGGAUAAUGUAGCUUGAGGAUAUUAUUUCCAGUACCCAUUUGUCCAAGGUGAUUCACUCCCAUGCUUGCCAGAAAUGGAAAAGUUAGUCUCCAAAUGGGCAGGGGGAGAGGCCGGCAAAUAGUUGCAGCUGACACGCUAAAAGACGAAGUCUGCUGUGAACUUGCAUCAAGUGGGUUAGUGGAUCUUUCUCUGGAACCUAUGCUCUUUCUUGGAAGUUCCAUUAGUCUCUGAAACCCAGAGCUUUGCAUCAGACAGGAUCUUUGGGACGACUGCUGUCUACUGAAUUUUCUUUUGUUUGCAGGAGUGUAGCUGCCCGAUAAACAUGAGGCCCUGGAAGCUGCAACAACUUGUCAGUAUCCUCCAUGAACAACUUCAGUCCAUCGAACAGGAAAUCCUUUAGCAUAUUCAGGACUUCUCUGGGGAAACCAGACAACUGUAGCCAAGAUGCCCUGUACAUCAUCACUGCCGGGGAAAUGGAUAGGCUACAGUAUCUGCAUCAUCCAGAGCUGCCUGGAAGGAUGUCCUCGCCAGUAACUGUCCCUCAUCAAUGGUAGUUUGACAUUAUUCCCUUUGGUCUGGAGGAAGGUAUUGAAUGAAAACUGAAUUUUGCAUAAUUUGUGAAGUUAUAUUUAGCCAUCAGUUCCUGUAAUUCAUGAUGCAGAAUUUUAUGGUUGUAGAUUAAUAAGAUUUCCUUCCUAAAAAGUCCAGGCACUUCAGGGCUGUCAUACGAGGGGGAGACGGCUUAUACCAUUCGUUCACUGGUGUCUACCAGAGAGUUGGGUGGAGGGUGGGAAAAUAGAAACUCAGAGUACUUGGUGGGAACAUAAUACUUUAUCGGCUCUCUCAAACACAGGUGUUACUGUGGCCAGGGUUUGCCAAAUGGUUUUUGCAGGUUCCAGCAGAGCCUCAUUGAUAGGAAGGGCAACCCUGGAUGGUGUUGCGGCGUGAACGAUAUCCAACAGCUUCUGUCGUGAUUCUUUGAUCUCCUUGAGAGGUAUCUGUAGGGAGUCUUCCAUAUGUUUAAAUGAGGUCUUGAAAUCACUGACAAUCACUGGCCAAAGGAGGAAGCGUCAUUACCACCUCUUUGGGUGAUGAGGAUGAGAUGGUAGUGUGAGGGGUUGCUUCUUCAUAUGCCCUUGCCUCCUAAUCCUCAAACCUUUCCUCUUGUUGAGUGGUGUGAUGGGAGAGGAGAAGCUUGAGUCUCCCCCAUCAUCCCAAUGGGAGAGGGUUGAGGCGUUGGAGAACUGUUGACAAUAAGAUAUCCAAGGGUCCCAAUAUGGCCAUUGAGCACCAUAUCUGGUGGGACAGGCAACCAAGGUUGUUUACACCAAGAAUGAUGAGUUCCCUAGAAAUCCUCUCUGUCUCUUUGAGAAAGAGGUUCCUAUGUGGGUACACAGGAGAACCUUGGACAGAGAUCAGCGAUACUGAAAGGAGAUCUCCAUCUCUCUUCAUCCUCUAAUUGGGGAACUCCAACUGAAAAAGGAGGUGAAUCAAAGAGGUAUAUGGGUCCAUGACAGAGUGAUUCUCGGUACUGAUGGAGACUCUGGUUCCAUAAGUCCUUUGGGUACUUAAAGUCUUGCAGUACUGAGCAGAAUUGUGGUAACCAUUGUUGUACCAAAGGCAUGGUAUGCCCAUCCCUGCAGGAUGGUACUGAGAGUUUCACAUGCUUUGCAGAAGGCGCUGACGUAGAUGGAAACUUAGUCAUACAUGGUACUGAAGAACCCAACGGGGUACUGGAAGAGGAGUUAAGUCCAGUGGUACUGGUCUUAGGUAUUUGUUCUGGCCAUUUCUGCUAAGCGGUACCGGGUUCUUCUCAGAGACAUGCUUACCCUCAGAGGUAUGUGAUUUUCCCCCUUGUCUUUAUCGGAGAAGAUAUUCACCUCUAUAGUAAUGACUCUCAAGGUUGAAGAAGCUGUUCACCUGCUCAGAGAAUGCGGUCAUUCUGAGGUACACUCCUUAAUGGGAGACUUAAAGAACCUCUUUUGGGGACCUUUAGAAAAGGUCUCUGAAGCUUUCCCUUUUCUGGGGGAGUACUGCACCGAGCUUGAAGAGGUGCUAGAUACCCCCAGAGACUGAUGUACUGCGGGGAGGAGAGGGUGUUGUUCUGACCUGGGUCUGAAGUGGGACAAAAUGACUGCUUUACCAUUAACAGCCACAGCUGGAUUUCCUGGUCUUUUAGAGGCCUGGAUUUGAGGGCUAAACAGAAGUGCAAUGUGCAGCUUCCCUAGGCAGCAAAUGCACUUAGAGAGUCUGUUGUUGACAGAAUGACCUCUAACCAAGGCAGUGUUUAAACCCCGGUGAACUGGGCAUAACCCUUUCAGGGACAAGCUCCCUGGAGGAAACAAAACAAAUCUGUUAAAUAACCAGUUGAACUAACUACAAACUAACAAACUCACUAACUAAAAGUAAAAUAAAUUAAGCUAGACCAAAGUAAGCAAGUAACUGAGACACGCCCAAUGCAGAUACACUAAGUUCUGUCUCAGACUGAGGCAGCUGAGAAGGAACUGAGGGCGAUUUGCCUGCAAGCCAUCAGGUCUGGAGCAUGAGGAUCUUAACAGUGCAUGAACAGGCUGAAGGAACACGGCUAAUGAAAAAUCUCCAAACAAAGGCUCGUAGGGCACAUGCAUACCUGGCCACUGACCAAAAGAAGAAUCUAAAUUAGUUUAAGAUAUUACCAAAAUUCCAACACUCUCCCCAAUUUGACAUACUGUUGCUAUGACAAACUCUGACCUCGGCAUACAGUAUACUGCCUUAGAUUCUGCUCAGUUAAAGCAAUUUAAAACAUAGCUUCAAGUAAAUAUUUUUUCCCUUGCAAGUGUUGCAUCACAAGAAUUUUUUUUUUUUUUUUUAAACUAACUGGGCUCACAAACAACACAGAAGGGCCUCAGCUGAUUGCUCCCCAACCAGUCACUAAAUGCUAGCCCAGUUUUCCUCUAUCUUUACUGCGGGAAAUGGCUUAAAGCAUGGCCGGACUUUUCUUUUUAUGAAAACUGAAAAGCAGCAAAAAGAGAAAGUGUCAGGGUGAGCAAAUGCCCUUUAAAAACAAACAAACAAACAAAAAAAACCCCCAGCUACAGGUAUGUUAAUUUUUAACAUUUAAGGAUCGCUAACUGACCCUCUCCUUUUCAUAGGUUGAAGUGCUGUCCCUGGCUGUUUGUACAUCAGCAGGAGUGAAGCCAGUCACGGGAGCUAUUGCUGGGAAAGCAGCUCG